UUCUUUUUUUGUUUCUUCUUUGGAUUAUAUUCAUCUGAUGGUUUUCAACUCCAACUCGAUGCAUAGAAAUGGGUAAACUGCACUCGAAACAUGCCGCUAUUUGUAAACCGAGGGAGAGUCCAGAAGGCGACAGUUUUGUAGUCAAUGCCUGUUUGGCGAGGAAGGGAAUCGACGACUGGCUCGUGAAGCAGAAAUACUACUGCACGAGCUCGCGCCUCGAGCAGCAAGACUGUCACCACAAGAAUAACUGCGGUUUGACUGCACGGGACUCUAUGGAUGAAGCAUGUGCUGAUGGGAUUGGUGAUGAACACUACCGCUUAGAAGUGGCUUUACCCCCGGAGAAGACAGACAGCUGCUGUGUGGAGGAGAAGAUGCAGGAGAGGGACAGCCAAUCCCCCGCAGGGCCACAGAAACAGCUCCAGUUUGAAGAGCUGGAGUGCGCUGUGUCUGUGGAAGAGGAUAACAGGCAGGAGUGGACCUUCACCCUCUACGACUUUGACAACAACGGCAAAGUAACCAGAGAGGAUAUCACCAGCCUGCUCCACACCAUCUACGAGGUCGUGGACGCCUCCGUCAACCACUCUCCUGGCAGCAGCAAGACGUUGCGGGUCAAGCUCUCGGUGGCGCCUGAUUCCAGCCAGCGGUGGAGGAGUUGCACGCAGGGUGCGGCAGACUUGUCCCACCCCAGAGAGAAAAAUGACAAGUGUACAGAAGACCCCAAGAGUGCAGACAAGAAGACUCGAGCACUCCUAAGGCGCCACCACAGUGACCACCACACCCAGCCGGGCUGCCAGCGCCACUGUGUGGAUGAGAACCUGGAACGCAGGAACCACUACUUGGACCUGGCAGGCAUCGAAAACUACACAUCCCGCUUCGGAGCCGCUCCAGUCACAGAACCGACAAAGGCAGAGCCUCAGACCCGCUCAUCCAACCAGACACGCUCUCGCUCCCACGAACCAGAAAACGGCCACUCCCAUUCCCACCACCGCCGCUUGCAAACUGUUGUGGACACUGUUGCUCCGGACAGCCUCCACCCUCCCCGGCCGCGAGGCCAAGACUCAGGGAAACAUGCCCUCCGUUCUCCCAAGACCCACAGCCGCACACCACCUGCACAGAUCAGUGGCAGGGUGAUGAGAAGCCGAGGUGUACCUCCUCCCCCGGCCCUACCCAGCCAGACCCCACCUCACCAGUCCACAGCCCCCUACCGCAAACACAAGCAGCGGUCCAAGGAGAGCCAGGGCUACCGCGCUUUAGGCCCUCUGGCAGCUUCAGGACCAGUGGUGGAGAAGGAGCAGGUGAGGGACCUGCCCAGUGUGCUGCUUUAUGAGGGGGGGCUGGCGCAAGUGGUGCAGCGGCACGAGCAUCACCACCACCAUGAACACCAUCACCACUACCACCAUUUUUAUCAGUCCUGAAUUUCAACCCUGCCUGUGACAGCUCAGCACUCCUGUAGCCCCACAAAACCCAACCAGGCUUGCAGGCACUGACUACAGUCAACCACCUCCUCAAAUACUGUGCAGUUAGCCCUUCAGUGGCUUUGUACUGGACACAGGACAUAGGGAGGAGAGGAGGAUCAUGGGAGGGGCAGUCCAGUGCUGAGAUGUUAUUAACCAGUGUUAUAAACAGCUUGGUCAGACUUGGGUAUGCAGCAGGACUGAGGAUCACGGCUGGGGCUCGAGAGGAGGGACGGAGGGACAGAUUUAAUAUACAGCUCCUCUCCCCCUGACUUUGUAU